GAAAGUAAUAUAAUCAAUAUGUAAAAUUCGUAAGUUUCUCAUAUUUGAAUAAGAAAAAUAAAUCGCGGAGUUGUCGCUCAAGUACAAAAGGCUAAUCAAAAAUAAUGCUUUAGCAUUGAAGAGUUUAUAAAGGUCAAAUUAUUUUUAUAGUAGAAAUAAAUUAUUUGAAAUUAAUAAGUUUGUUACAAUGAAAUAUUUAUAUUUGCAGGAAAGAGUACAAGCUAAAGAUCCACCGUCCCAUUACCUGGCGAAAUUACGUACUUACCUGGAUCCCACAGCAUCACGAAGUCAUCGAACGUAUCGUUUCUUUAUGUUCUUCCAGAAAAGGAAAAUGGUCGGUGAAUCUACAUCGACCCAAGUAUUACGUGAUUUGGAGAUAUCCUUACGCACAAAUCACAUUGAAUGGGUGAGAGAGUUCUUGGACGAGGAAAAUCAAGGCCUGGAUGCUUUGAUAGACUAUCUCAGCUUCAGGCUAUUGAUGAUGCGACAUGAGCAACGGCUCUUGGAAUCCCACACGAAUUCCGAAGAAAAAUUGCAAACCGCGGGCACUGGUGAUAUCUCACCGUUAAACAACGGAUGCUUGAGGCCGCCUCUUCAAGAGCUUAAAGACAGUCCCGGAGUCAAAAGGAGAUCUCGACAUGUGGCACGCCUAAAUAUGGGUGAAGCAAAGGAUGACAUUCAUGUUUGCAUACUGUGCAUGCGUGCUAUCAUGAAUAAUAAGUACGGAUUUAAUAUGGUUAUUCAACACAGAGAAGCUAUCAACUGUAUUGCAUUGAGCUUAAUUCAUAAAAGUCUGAGGACGAAAGCUCUGGUAUUAGAGCUCCUCGCUGCCAUCUGUCUAGUAAAGGGUGGCCACGAGAUCAUUUUGUCAGCGUUUGAUAACUUCAAAGAGGUGUGCUCCGAGAGACGAAGAUUUACGACGCUUAUGGCAUAUUUCACCCAGUAUGACAGCUUCCAUAUAGAAUUUAUGGUCGCUUGUAUGCAGUUUGUCAAUAUCGUUGUGCAUUCGGUCGAAGACAUGAACUUCAGAGUACAUCUGCAGUAUGAAUUUACGAAGCUUGGAUUAGACGAAUAUCUCGAGAAGCUUAGACACACAGAGAGCGAAGAUUUGCAGGUUCAAAUCUCAGCUUACCUAGAUAACGUAUUUGAUGUAGCUGCCUUGAUGGAGGACAGUGAAACAAAGACCGCAGCAUUAGAAAAAGUAGCAGAAUUAGAAGACGAACUUGGUCAUGCACAUGAUCGCAUGGCGGAAUUAGAAAGAGAAUCAUUGGCGAAAUUGGCGGACCUGGAGACGGAAUUAGGCGCGAUUAAAGUGGAAUAUGCCGAUGCCUUGGAAGCACGUAGAACAGUGGAGGAAGAACUUGCGGCCUUGAAGAGACAGAGACAAGAUUCUGCCAGAAGGCAGAGCGUCCUAGAAAACAAGAUCAUUGAGUUGGAAACUCUCACGGGAACACUUACAAAAGGCUCGUCAGCCGUUAGUCUACGAAACGGCACGGCGACGAGUCCUCUGAGUAAUUCGGAUAACGUUACAUCCGAGACGUUUGCCUCGACACCGUCGCCGACGCAUGAAGCGCUUCCAGCGGCUCCUGCGCCACCGCCUCCACCCCCGCCACCGUGUCCGCCGCCGCCUCCGAUGGCAUCUCUUUCUCUGGGAGAUCAUAAGUUACCGCCGAUGGCCCCGAUACCUCCACCACCUGCUGGUAUGAUGCAAGCACCCAAUGGAGCAAUGACUAUCAAACGAAAGGUCCAAACAAAGUACAAACUUCCUACACUUAAUUGGAUCGCUCUGAAACCUAAUCAAGUACGAGGUACUAUCUUCAAUGAGCUGGAUGACGAUCGUUUGCACAACCAAAUCGAUUUUUCCGACUUUGAGGAGCGAUUUAAGAUCGGCAUGAGUGGACAUGUAGCCAAUGGUAACAGUGAGAUCGACGGACUUCAAAGCUUCCCGAGUAAACGAUUCAAGAAACCCGAAAACGUAUCACUUUUGGAGCAUACGAGAUUGCGAAAUAUUGCCAUAUCGCGCCGAAAGAUGGAAAUGCCAGUCGAGAAAGUAAUAAUGGCGGUAAACGCUCUCGACUUGAAAGUCCUUUCGCUCGAAAAUGUAGAAUUAUUGCAACGUAUGGUACCUACGGAUCAAGAAAUUAAGGCUUAUCGCGAAUAUAUUAUAGAAAAGAAGAAUGUCAAUUUGUUAACGGAAGAAGAUAAAUUUUUGAUGCAACUUGGUAAAGUCGAAAGGAUCUCUACCAAGUUGUCAAUUAUGAACUACAUAGGAAACUUUUUCGACAAUUUACAUCUUAUUACACCACAAAUACACGCUGUGAUAUCUGCAUCCAGUUCGGUUAAGAGUUCAAAGAAAUUGCGAUCAGUAUUAGAGAUUAUUCUUGCCUUCGGUAACUACCUAAAUAGUAGCAAACGGGGUCCUGCAUAUGGCUUCAAAUUACAAAGCUUAGAUACAUUAUUAGACACCAAAUCGACCGAUAAAAGGAUGUGCCUUUUGCAUUAUAUCGUUGCCACAAUACGAGUCAAGUUCCCAGAACUUAUUAAUUUCGAAUCAGAGUUGAUGUACAUCGACAAAGCAGCAACAGUUUCACUGGAGAAUAUAACGACUGACGUUCACGAGCUGGAGAAAGGCAUGGAUCUUGUGCGAAAGGAAUUUGAGUUACGCGGCAAGGAGAAGCACAAUACAGUGUUGCGCGACUUUUUGAACAAUUCUGAAGAGAAAUUGCGUCGUUUAAAACUUGACGCGCGUACCGCCGGUGAAGCGUUCCGAGAGUGUAUCGAAUUUUUCGGAGAAAGUCCAAGACAGGCUGAUGCUAACACCUUUUUCUCCCUUCUUGUCAGAUUCGCGAGAGCAUUUAAGACAGCGGAUCAAGAAAAUGAACAGCGUCGUAGAUUAGAGGCUGCUGCAGCAGAAGCUUUGAAUACUUCAGAGGAAGUUAUAAAACGUAACAAAUUGAAUCAGAAGAAACAACAGUCAGCGAAAUUUUGCUGUAACUCGAACAAGAGUCUGUUACACCGCCAUCUUAAUGAACUGGAGCUCAGAACAUAACAAUGUAGAAACAGUUCACAACAUGUAA